GAAAUCCCUCAUCCCUUCCGUGCAACAAUGUAAUCAGUGGCCGGCUGGCCGCCCAUCAGUCACCAUCCAUCCCGUCCAUCCUACAGUAGUUUAAAGCCUCAGUACGCUCCACACUGCGCUUGUCCAUUACCACAGCCUCGCAGCUACUCUCCAGUGAGGAAGAAACCAGAGAGACGCCAUGGGAGAGGACAAGGAGCAGAGGAGGCGGGGCCACCCUCUCCUGCGGGGAGGAGGCGCGAGGACGGAGCCCUACACGCACGGCUUCUCCGCCACCCAGAUGCUGUCGCUCACGGCGGCCUGCGGUGCGCUGGUGCCGUCGCUGCCGCCCGACAGCGGCCACAGCAAGGCCGUCCGGGACUUCUUCCUCGCCUCCGCCGCCGACCCGCCCAUCCCCGACGAGGUAGCGCAGCUGAUGUCGGCAAUGUGCCUCCGGGAGGCGCAGGCGCUGGUGCGGACGCUGCUGUGGCUGCUGAGCACGCGGCUGGGCACGCUGGCGCUGUGCGGCGCGCGGUGCCUGUCACCCCGGUUCCCGUUCGUGCGGAGGUUCGCGGAGAUGCCCGUGGAGCGGCGGGAGGACGCGCUGCGGCGGUGGAGCCGGGAGACGGUGUUCCCGCCGCUGCGCCUCUUCUUCCUCCUCCUCAAGGUCUUCUGCCUCUACGUCUUCUACUCCUUGACCGACGAGAACUCGGAGAAUCCGCACUGGCAAGCAAUCGGAUACAGCCCGCCCACCGACGACGACGCCUUCACGGAAGAAGAAGAAGAAGCAAAGUCAACCAAGCGGCCACUGGACGACGGCGUGAUCGAGACCGUCCACCACACGGACGCGUCCCUCGCGGUUGCCCUCGCCGACAAGGGCCUCACGGUCACCGAUGACACGGCGCCGGACGUGUGCAGGGUCGACUGCGACGUGGCCAUCGUCGGCUCGGGCUGCGGCGGGGGCGUGGCCGCCGCGGUGCUCGCGGCGGCAGGGCACAAGGUGGUGGUCGUGGAGAAGGGGAGCUACUUCACGGCGCGGGACUACACGUCCCUCGAGGGCCCGUCGAUGAGCCAGCUGUACGAGCGCGGCGGGUUCGUGAGCACGCUCAGCGGCAGCGGGCUGCUCCUGGCCGGCUCCACCGUCGGCGGCGGCUCGGCCGUGAACUGGUCGGCCUGCAUCAAGACGCCCGACAGCGUGCGCGGGGAGUGGGCGGGCGAGCACGGGCUCCCGCUCUUCGCCAGCGCGGAGUACACCGCGGCGAUGGACGCGGUGUUCAAGCGGCUCGGCGUCACGUCGGGCUGCGAGGAGGAAGGGCUCCAGAACAAGGUGCUGCGCAUGGGGUGCGAGAAGCUGGGGUACAAGGUGGAGCCGGUGGCCAGGAACUCGUCUGAGGGCCACUUCUGCGGCAGCUGCGGGUACGGCUGCCGCACCGGGGACAAGCGCGGCACGGACACGACGUGGCUGGUCGACGCCGUGGCCCGCGGCGCGGUGAUCUUGACCGGGUGCAAGGCCGAGAAACUUCUGUUCAGCGACGCGGUCGCCGCGAGGGGGAGCAAGAAGAGGUGCGUCGGCGUGGUGGCUGCGAGCUCCAACCCGAAGAUCGCGAGGAAGCUGGAGGUGCGCGCCAAGGUGACCGUCUCGGCGUGCGGCUCGCUGCUCACGCCGGUGCUGCUGCGCGGGAGCGGGCUCAAGAACCCGCACAUCGGCAAGAACCUGCACCUCCACCCGAUCGCCAUGGCGUGGGGCUACUUCCCGCCGGACACGCCGGUCCCGGAGCUUCAGAAGGGCAAGAUGUACGAGGGCGGCAUCAUCACGUCGCUGCACAAGGUGGAGGCCGGCGACGGGCUGCCGCACCGGGCCAUCCUCGAGACGCCGCUGAUGGGCGUGGCGGCCGCGGGGACGCAGUUCCCCUGGGUGUCCGGGCGGGACAUGAAGGAGCGGAUGCUCAAGUACGGCCGGACGGUGCACAUCUUCUCGCUGGUCAGGGACCGCGGGUCGGGGACGGUGCACGGCGAGCGGCGGAUCGCGUACCACAUGGACCCGGCGGACAGGGAGAACCAGCGGGAGGGCCUGCGGCGCGCGCUGCGCGUCCUGGUGGCGGCCGGCGCGACGGAGGUCGGCACGCACCGGAGCGACGGGCAGAGGCUGAGAUGCGAGGGGGCCUCCGAGAAGGCGCUCGAGGAGUUCCUGGACGGCGUGACGGUGGUGCGCGGGCCGCAGUCCAAGAGCGAGACGUGGAGCCUGUGCUGCACGGCGCACCAGAUGGGCAGCUGCAGGAUGGGCGCCACGGCCGAGGACGGCGCCGUCGACGCGUGUGGCGAGAGCUGGGAGGCGGAGCGGCUCUACGUGUGCGACGGCAGCGUCCUGCCGAGCGCGGUGGGCGUCAACCCCAUGAUCACCAUACAGUCCGUGGCAUACUGCCUCGCCACCGGCAUCGCGGAGCAACUGAAAUGCGAUCUGUACUCCGGGAAGAACUAGUACAGAUGAAUUGUUGCAGCAUGUACGCCGAAUAAUAAGUUCUGGUAGUGUUUGUUAUACUCGUCGGUAUGGUUCUCCUGAAUUUCCAUGAAAUUGCUCAAUUGUUUUAUCAGUGUACUGUGUAUAUAAGGUAAAAUUGCGAAGUGUUAUCAACUCAGAUUGGUCUAAGCAUGUUAGGCAUGCUUCA